GAGCGCUCUGUUUGCAACUGGUCUGGUCGUAAUGCUGAUUGCCAGAAAAUGACUAGUACUGGUGUGUUUCAUUUGGAUAUGCCGGAAGCUCCAAGUUAUGACGACAGCGAAGAAAAUUCUCACGAUUAUUGCUCGACAAAUGGAGGGGUAGAGGAUGAGUUUCUUGAACGUGGUCCACUUAAACCAGAUGAACUCGACGAAAACAUUAAAACAGUUGAAAUUUGCGAAGAGACAGUGAAUCCUGGUCAACCUAAAGUCCGGCCACAUGACUUUCAACUUCUGAAAGUCCUUGGAAAAGGUGGUUAUGGAAAAGUUUUCCUUGCACGCAAAAAUGAUACUGGCCAAACCUAUGCGAUGAAAGUUUUAAAGAAAGCCUCGAUUGUGACGAACGCAAAGGAUACUGCACACACUAAAAGCGAGAGAAAUAUACUCGAAAUGAUUAAACAUCCAUUUCUAGUUCAGUUGCAUUUUGCUUUCCAAUCCCCUGGAAAGCUUUACCUAGUCUUGGAAUUUCUUGCUGGAGGUGAACUGUUCAUGCAACUUGAGAAAGAGGGAGUGUUUAUGGAAGAUCAAGCCAGUUUUUAUUUGGCGGAAAUAACUCUUGCCAUUGGUCAUCUUCAUUCGAUGGGGAUUGUUUAUCGAGAUUUGAAACCCGAAAAUGUACUUUUAGACCAUCAAGGGCAUGUUAAACUAACGGAUUUUGGAUUGUCUAAAGAGAGAGUCGAUCGUGAUAAUUUAACUCACACAUUCUGCGGGACUAUUGAGUACAUGGCUCCUGAAAUAUUGUUACGUCAAGGACACGGGAGAGCCGUUGAUUGGUGGAGUCUUGGCACGCUUAUGUAUGAUAUGCUUUCGGGAUCUCCUCCAUUUACAGGCGAUGAUAGAAGACAAACUAUUGACUUGAUAUUACGAGGUGAUUUCAUACCUGUACCUUAUUUAAGUCGGGAAGCCGUAUCACUUAUUUCCAAGCUUUUAGUUGUUGAUGUCAGUAGACGCCUUGGUUCUGGUCCAUCCGAUUCCGAGGCGAUCAAGAUGCACCCAUUCUUUCGUAAUACUGAUUGGGAUCGUGUUCUGAAAAAGCAGGUCGAACCACCCUUCCGACCCACUUUGACAUCUGACACGGAUGUUUCUCUUUUCGAUCCCAAAUUCACUCAAGAAAAUCCCGUCGAAAGUCCGGAUGAGGGCUUGCCAAUAUCUGCAAUGGUUUCUGAUGUUUUUGAAGGAUUUACUUAUGUUGACCCCCAAAUCCAUAUUGACAUGGCUCGUGAUCCAUGGGUAUCUACUUGGCAAACCAGUUCACGCUCGCGUCGAAGGUCUGGGAUUUCAUCCAGCAGUUCUCCGGGCUUCGUUGGACAUACAAUCAUGGCAAAUCCAAAUACACUUAUGCAAGGAACUGAUAUUCUACAUGUUGGAACUCCUCACCCCGAGCAGUUGCAGUCUACGUUGGUUGCACAUCUUCCAAAUACUAUUCAAACUUCUAUCCCGACUCAAUCACAGCCGUUUGUUUUUGCUGAAGAUUUCGAGGAUAUGGACGUCGCCAGUACUAAUUUAACCUACAGCAACAACCCACUUGAUAGCCAUUCAACUGUCAUAAACACUGUCAAUAUAUCCACCAGUAAUUCUGUAAGACCUACGUAUGCUUUACCUCUUGGUUCCCAUCGCUUAGAAAAUAGUCGAGUGAUGGAAACUGGUAUUUGUGAUCCAUAUUCAUCGCGCUCGGGCGAACAUGUUAAUGGGAUAAUUCCAAAACCACUUGACACACGUCUAGUAAACCCAUCAAGUUCUGCUGCCGCACAGGUAUCAGCACUUGCUGCAGCAGCGCUUGCUACUUCAUCCCGUUUGGUUGGUUCUUCUGUACACAUACCUUCAAUUGCAUCUCAUAACUCUCCCAAUCGACCUUUCAUGAAUGAGCAUAUGAUGUUUGAUCCUCAAAAUAUCAGACUUAUGAAUUUGGGAAAAUCACAACCACAAACUCCAUUAGCUGCAGUAGAAAGUUUGCAUGUUCAGAGGAAAUAGUUUCUGUUCGUUGAAAGAAAAAUAAUGAAGCUGUUCAAUUUUUUCUGUUUCUCAGGCUUCAUAAUUUCAUUUGUAUGAACUAAUUGGAUUGGUAUGUAUUAUGAACACCUAGUUUUAUUUCAUGAGUGUUAGAAUUUUGAUGGGAAUUUUGUCAUUUUCCCUUUUCUGAUAAGCGUAUUUUGUAUGCAACUGAUAUAUUUUUUGUUGUGUGCUAUUUUCAUCCCAAACAAGCUCAUCUGUGAGUUUCUUCAUGUACAAUACCUUACACGUACUGUUCACAAGAUUCUGUUUUUGAUUCCUACCCAGGAAUAUUAUAUAUAUAUA